GCUCGGCUCAGCGCGGAGCUGCGCCCGCCCCGCCCGGCUCCGAUCGGCUGUGAUCGGCUCUGAUCGGCUCUGAUCGGCUCUGAUCGGCUGUGAUCGGAUCCGCUCCGCGAUGCCGAGCUUCCUCAAGUGGCUGCUGGGGAUCCUGGCGGUCGCCGUGGUUGUGGUGGUGAUCACCGUGCCCCUGGUGCUGCUCACCCGCCAAGAGACCCCUUCAGGAAAAACGUACACUCUACAGAAUUACGUGAACAAUGACUAUAAGUACAAAACACAUAAUUUGGAGUGGAUUUCAGGAAAUCAGUAUCUUCACAAAACAGAUAAUGGGAACAUCCUGUGUAUCAGUGCUGAGAAUGGAACAUCCACAUUAAUCCUGGCAAAUACAACUUUAGAUAAGUACCAGGCAAGCACUGUUAUAUUGUCUCCUGACCUAAAGUUUGCUCUUCUGCAAUACAGCUAUACAAAGUUGUGGAGGCAUUCCUUUACAGCUUCAUAUCACAUCUAUGAUUUCGGUAACAGUUCUAUCUUAGAUGAUGGACUACUACCUAAUGAUACACAGUAUAUAUCCUGGUCACCUGUUGGUCAUAAGCUGGCAUAUGUUUGGAAUAAUAAUGUUUAUGUAAAAGCUUCACCAACAGAAGAAGCAGUGCAAAUCACUAAAAAUGGAGAAGAAAAUAAAAUUUUCAAUGGAAUACCAGACUGGGUUUAUGAAGAGGAAAUGUUUGGCACCCAUUCUGCUCUGUGGUGGUCUCCAAAUGGCAAUUUUUUGGCAUAUGCAUCCUUUAAUGAUACAGAAGUCCCUGUUAUAGAGUAUUCCUUUUAUUCUGAAGACACCUUGCAGUAUCCAAAGACCAUUAAAAUCCCAUAUCCCAAGGCGGGAGCUACAAAUCCAACUGUACGGUUCUUUAUUGUGGAUACCACAUCACUUCCAACUUUCAAGUCUGUUGAAAUUUUUCCACCUGCAGAAAUAAAAUCAAGUGAUCAUUAUUUGAGUGUUGUAACAUGGGUGACAGAUGAAAGGAUUUGUCUGCAGUGGCUCAGAAGAAUUCAGAAUUUUUCAGUCCUCACAGUCUGUGACUUUGAAAAUGCUACUUGGUCGUGUCCAAAGGAAAAACUAUUUACUGAAGAAAGUACAACUGGCUGGAUUGGCAGAUUUCAGCCAUCUGUCCCUCACUUUGCACCCGACAAGGCUUCCUACUACAAAGUCUUCAGCGACACAGCAGGUUACAAGCACAUCCAUUACAUAAAUGGCUCACAGGUUCCAGUAGCUGUUACUACAGGAAAUUGGGAAGUAAUCAGCAUAGAAGCUGUAACCAAUGAAUUUUUAUACUACAUCAGUAAUGAAAAUAAUGGAAUGCCAGGAGGAAGAAAUCUUUAUAAAGUGCUCUUGGAAAGCAGUCCAAAAUUGCCUAAAUGUGUUAGCUGUAAUCUGGAUGAAAAAAGAUGCCAGUAUUAUUCUGUGUCCUUCAGCAAAGACACACAGUAUUAUCAGCUAAAUUGUCUCGGUCCUGGCCUGCCCAUGUCUACCCUGCACAGAAGCACUGAUGACAAAGUCCUCAGAUACUUGGAAAAAAACACUGAACUGGAAAAUUCAUUGAAAGAUAUUCAGAUGCCUUCAAAAAAAUUUGGCUCCCUUAAUAUAGGUGGAUACAACCUGUGGUAUCAAAUGAUUCUGCCUCCCCAUUUUGAUGAAUCAAAGAAGCAUCCUCUGCUCCUUGAUGUCUAUGCAGGACCCUGCAGUCAGAAAGUGGACCAAGCGUUCCGGCUCAGCUGGGCCACGUACCUGGCGAGCACGGAGCGCGUCAUCGUGGCCAGCUUCGACGGCAGGGGCAGCGGCUACCAGGGCGACCGGAUCAUGCACGCCAUAAACAGGAGGCUGGGAACAUAUGAAGUGGAAGAUCAGAUAGAAGCAGCCAGAAAAUUUUCUGAAAUGAGCUUUGUUGACAAGGACAGAAUAGCUAUUUGGGGUUGGUCUUAUGGGGGAUAUGCGACCUCCAUGGUGCUUGGCUCUGGGAGCGGCGUGUUCAAGUGUGGAAUAGCGGUUGCCCCUGUGUCACGCUGGCAAUAUUAUGAUUCAAUAUACACAGAGCGAUACAUGGGCCUUCCUACAGAAAAUGAUAAUCUGAAGAACUAUAAUAGUUCAACAGUAAUGGCCAGAGCUGAAAAAUUCAAGGAAGUUGAAUAUCUCCUUAUUCAUGGAACAGCAGAUGAUAAUGUUCACUUUCAGCAAGCAGCACAGAUUUCCAAAGCUCUUGUUGAUGCUGAAGUGGAUUUUCAGGCAAUGUGGUACACUGACAAAGACCAUUCCAUCUCCGGUCAAGCACACAAGCAUAUUUAUACCCACAUGAGCCACUUCAUAAAGCAGUGUUUCUCACUGCACUAGCACCAGCAUUGUGCUUGUUAGUGAUGGUACUUCUCCAGAAAACUCUCAUAAAAUGUACUCUGAGCCAGUAUAAAUCAAGAUGAGAUAAGAGUCAGCUCUUGGGAUACCAGUGUACACAAUGAAGUGCUAAUCUUUGAAUGAUUCCUGUUGCCAAGCAACUACUGCAUUUUUAUUGAUUGUUUAAUCGGGUCUUAACAUCACCAGAAUGAUGUUGCAGACUUCUAGGAAGCCUGGUACUUGCUUGAGUAAUUACCUUUUGAUAUUUCAGUCUAAAAGAGGAACAAUCCAGUUUGUAUAUUAGAGAAAGGAAUGAUAAAAAUGUCACAUCACAGAAUAAAAAAAUAAUAAUGUUUCCAUCAAAAAUGAAAUGAACCCUGGGGUAAUUUCUGUGAAAAUAAUGAAGAAACAUUUUUGCAGGAAUUCGUAAGGCUUGAUAAUUAUUAUUUUAGAAUUGUUACCAGGAAUACUGCAAUGUUAGUAUGUGCAGAAUGAAAUACUUUACACUGCAGUUCCUGAAGUGAGUAUGUUUGCUCUGCAAUCUUUUGUAUUACAGUUCCAGAACUCUUGCAAGGCAAGCACAUAACCAGCUUUCACCAAAGAUUUUAAAUGACACCUAAUCAAACCAGUGCCACUCAAUUUCUUUGUGUGCUAUCAUAUAGUACUGUGAUUUUUGCUUAUUUUACAGUAAAAAUGGCUGCUACACUGGGAAUAUGCACUGCAAAAUCUCCUCUGGGAACAAGAGCCCUAUUUUUUUAAUGUAGAAGUUGCUCAUGUACUGAUGAAUAGGAACUGGUUCUUACACUGAAACAUAAAACAUUACAAUGUGAACUAGCAGUCACUUACAGCAGGGGCUGGACUGUUACUCUCCUGUGAAUGUGCUCUUUGGCAAAACCUUACAGCCUACCAAUAAAUAUCUGCUUUCUUUACAGCACUCCAGGUAGGCUUCUCCAUCUAAUCUGAGGAUUAGUUUUCUUAAUUUUGCAUAGAAAAAAUGCAAUCCACUUCUACUAAAAAUUGUGCUGCUUUAAAAUAAUAAAGAUAUUAAUUUAUGAAA